AUGUGCACCCAAAUCCCAAAACAGUUCUCUAGAGAAGAACUUAUCAAAGUCCUUCCAGAUACAUGGGUCACGAAUUAUGAAAAGCUGAGAGAACCUGUUGAACCUCUCCAAUCCUCUGAACCCACUUUUUCCAAAAAACCCGAUAAAACAGUUGCCAUAAGCUUUGACCACUCUCACCUUAAAAAACCCAAUAAAACAACCUUCUCUUUCCAGAUGUACCAACCCACUUAUAACCAAGCACACCAAGAUGACCCUGAAACAUUCGCUUACCAUCUCCCAAGUAUCAUGAGCGAACAAGACUGGAUAAAGUUCGAUAAUGAAGGUCAUGAUGUAUGGUGGUACAAAUGUUCUUUCACGGGACACUGCCCAUGGGAUAUCCAAUAUGACUAUCAAAAAUGUCUUGAUGAUGAAAUUGAAUGGGAUGAACAUCAUACAAGAAGAGCCAAAUCAAAGAAAAAAGGGGGAAACUCUGAAAGAGAGUUCCGAACAAGGUAUGAAGAAGGAGACUCAUCUAUCGGUUCACUGAGCCGUCCAGGAAAAUAUGAAUUCCUUGUUUCGUACAAACCCCAAAACUGGCCACCUCUCCCUAACCAAAAUUUACAUCACAAACCUUCGAACCCAAAUAUCUCAAAGCCAGAAAUAUUCAUGAUGAACCCCUCAAGCUCCAGUCACACCCCUGAAUUUCCUUCACAACAACCUUUUGAGAAGGAUGGUGCAAGCCAUGCCCCAAAAAUUCCAAGGCAAAAUGUUGUGCUGCCCACAGGAGAAAAGCCACUAACAAGUGAAGUGGAAGCGACGAUCAAUUGGCAAUCCGAAAAUGCCAUUUGCCAAAACAAAGUGUUAACUAAUAUUAGCACUUCCAUCAGAAAUGUUGCUCACACACAGAAUAAGAUGAUGAGCGGUGGUGGAGACAAUUGA